GGCAGCGCUGCCAUGGAGCACGGCGGAGGCUGAUGCUCCUGCGGCGAAGGAGGAGGAAACCCAGGUGGGUGCUUUCUUCCUUAUUUGACCGGACUGGCAGAGGGGUGCGAGGAGGUGGAGAGGGGAAUCGAGUGGCGGGAGGUGCAUUGGGUGUUGGGGAGCGAUGAGAGGGUGGAUAGUGGUGGUGAUGGGGAGUGCGGAAUCUACGGAGGUGUUUACGGCUCCCUUGAGUGAUGGGAGGAGCGAAGAGAUCUACGGAACCUGUGCUAAUGUGCUUCGUGGAACAGGACGAAGAAUCAUCCGACAAGAACGAAGAUGAGGGAUCUGAAGACAAGGAGGAGCCUGAGGAGGAAGAGGAGGAGGAGGAGGAAGAGUUGGAAGAUCCUAAGGAGAAGUUUGAGGAGGAAUGCAAGGAAUCCAAGGUCUGCUCCCCAGCAAAGCACCACUUCGACGAGUGCGUUGAGCGUGUCACUGGUGCAGACCACGGAAAGCCAGUGGACAAGAAGCAUCCCGAUGAAGACUGCGUUGAAGAAUUCUUCCACCUUGCUCACUGCGCAAGCACCUGCGCCGCACCAAAGCUAUGGAACGCUCUUAAGUAGAGGUUUCAACUACUUCGAUCGACAAUUUCGCCUCGAGAUGUUUGCAUGACAUAGAUGAUGGGGGAGAUGGGAUGGUGGAAAGGAGACGCCUGUAGAUAUCUUACCCGCAUCACCUGUUUUGUACUUCGGCAGCAGGCUCGUCCUGUGAGCGGUAUGUACUGUAGUAUAGGAAAUCCAUAGACCAGCAGCCUAUCUUUGUUCCGUGAGUGAAGUUAGGGACCUACUAUGGCAGAUCGCAA